AUGCAUGCACUCCUGGACCAGUGCUACAAAAUGCAGGCCUUGGACUCGCAGCUCGACCGGCAGACGGGGUUUUGCGGCACAGAGCACAUAGGAUCUCGAGUUGUGCUCUCGAUGCUGAUCUCGCUACAAACCAAGGACGAUUUCCACAUUCACAUUGAAGCUAUGAAAAGUGAAGGCGAUUCGACAACGUUCGACACUCUCCUGCUCCGCACAAACAGCUCGGAUAUGGCGGUGGACGACUUGUCAUUCUAA